CCUGCAAUAGUAGAGAGUCUCCUAUUGCGCAUCGUCCCACAAAAUGGCCCCCCCAGAAGUCCAUCACCUCUUCCACCACCCCAUCGCGGACCACUCCUUCUCCGCCGACCGCCAGACGCUCGCCGUAGCCCGCGAAAACAACGUCGACUUGUACCAGCGACAGGGUGGGAAAUUCCAAUUGAAGGAUGAGCUGACAGGCCAUGACAAGACUGUCACGGGUGUGGAUAUUGCGCCUAAUACGGGCAAGAUUGUGACAUGCUCUCAAGACCGUAACGCAUACGUCUGGGAGCCCUCCCCGCAAGGCUGGAAGCCCACGCUCGUCCUUCUCCGCAUCAACCGCGCCGCAACCUGCGUCCGCUGGGCGCCCUCAGAAACCAAGUUCGCCGUCGGCUCGGGUGCUCGCCUCAUCCCGGUAUGCUACUUCGAAGAGGAGGACAACUGGUGGGUGUCCAAGCAUAUCAAGAAGCCCAUACGUUCGACCAUCACCACCGUAGCGUGGCAUCCGAACUCAGUCUUGCUCGCUGCUGGAUCGACUGACGGGCAUGCGCGUGUCCUCUCGGCUUUCAUCAAGGGUGUGGAUGCCCGACCCGAGCCCUCCGCUUGGGGCGAGCGACUACCUUUUAACACUGUAUGCGGCGAGUUCCUGAACAACACUGCGGGCUGGAUCCACAGCGUCGCCUUCUCCCCGUCUGGCAACGCCCUCGCCUUCGCCGCCCACGACAGCACCCUCACAGUCGUCUACCCCUCCGGCCCGGAACAACCUCCGCGCGCCGUCCUUAGCCUUUCCACCCAAUUGCUCCCCUUCAUGUCGUUGGUCUGGUCCUCCGAAUCCGAAAUUAUCGCCGCGGGCUACAACUGCGAGGCCUACCGGUUGCAGGGCUCUGAGCAGGGCUGGGAGCUUGCGGGAUCAAUUGAGAGCAAGGGACGGCCCGGCGUGCAGGAUCAGAGGGAAGAGUCUGCGUUGAACAUGUUCAGGCAGAUGGAUUUGAAGGGUAAGGUUACAGACGAUACGAAGUUGAAGACCGUGCACCAGAAUACUAUUAGCACGAUCCGGAGCUUUGAGGGGAGUGGUGGAAGGGUCACGAAGAUCAGCUCGACUGGAGUGGAUGGGAGGGUGGUCAUUUGGAGCUUGUAGGCUCUCUCAUCUCAGUGCUAGGAAAGAAGCUGGUGUGUAGUAUCCUAAAGGUCUUCAAAAUGACACUAUGAAAGGAUUGGUGAAAAUGAAUCAAUGAUCGUAUCUCACGGGAUUGACCUUGGUCAGAUCUACAUGGAUCCGGCGGAAUCGCCGUCGCAUACGAAAGCUUGAUUCAUUUCUUCGCACAAAAGCGGAGAGAGUUUCUGGAUAUCUAAAGCCAAAAC